UUUGACCUGACAUUGUCGCCGAAGAAGAAGAAGAAGAAGCAGAAGCAGACCACGUGUUUCCUGCGUUACCGUCUCGGGCUGCGUGUGAAGGGGCCAGACUUGUAAAUAAAUCGGCUUUAGCUAGCGAAGGGUGUAAAAAUGGUUCGUAAACUAAAGUAUCACGAACAGAAGCUGUUGAAGAAGGUGGACUUUAUCAACUGGGAGGUGGACAACAAUCUGCACGAGGUCAAGGUGCUGCGAAAGUACCACAUUGAGAAGAGGGAGGACUACACCAAGUACAACAAGCUGAGUCGUAACAUCAGAGAUCUGGCCCAGAAAAUCCGAGACCUGGACGAGAAGGAUGGCUUCAGGGCUCAGAGUACGCAUCGACUACUGGAGAAACUGUACAGCAUCGGCCUCAUCCCCACCAAACAGAAUCUCUCCCUCACAGAGAAAGUCACAGCUUCUUCCUUCUGCAGGAGGAGGCUGCCCAGCAUCAUGUUGAACCUUCGUAUGGCUCAGAACCUGAAGACCGCCAUCACCUUCAUUGAACAGGGACAUGUGCGUGUUGGCCCAGACAUUGUCACAGACCCAGCAUUUCUAGUCACAAGAAAUAUGGAAGAUUUUGUCACUUGGGUGGAAUCCUCCAAGAUCAAGCAGCAUGUCAUGAAUUAUAAUGAUGAGAGAGAUGACUUUGAUCUGGUGGCAUAAGUCUGUUGUCUGAUAUCCAUUUAUCGCCCUGGAGGAUAGAAAAAGGACAAGAACUCUGCUCUUUUAACUGCGGCAUGAAUUACUCUACAACCAAGUCCGAAUCUCCCAUCACUUUGGAAAUAGUGGAGAGAAAACAAGUGCUUCCAUCUCCUCAGGAGCCAUUACUUAGUUGAGCAAGGACAGGAGUGCACUUCCAGGCUUUACAUUGUUCACUGAACGCCUCCCUUUUGAUGUCCUCAAAAGCUGCAACUGAAAUCUGAUCGACUGACGGUUGAUCAUCCAAAAAGCCUUUGAUUCUGGAAGUGGCGUGAUUCAUCUGAGUCUGUAUUGGUGCCUGUUGAAAUCACCUUUUGACGCUUAUCUCUAAACCUGCGCAGCCACCUGUGACACAAGAGCACAGUCUGUUUUUCCCUCUUCAUUUUUUUUUUUUUUUUUUUAAGAUAAGCCAUUCCAACACUAGUAAUACAGAGAGCCUUCACAGUUGUGUAGGUGUGACUGUCGCUUCUCCUGAAACUCCCAUGUUGUUUGCUCUGCAUAAUGUGUUCUGUGUGAGAACAUGAGCUGCCUGCGUUAGUGUUAUUUGAACGAGGAAAUGCUGGUUUACAAGUGUGUGUGUGUGUGUGUGUACACCAUAAAGAGAAGGACCGAUUGUUCAUGAUAUUAUCAUAACUUGUCAUACACACAGUUGUAAAGUAGAAACUGUCAAUUUGAUAAAUAUUUAAUGUUUUCAAUAAGACUUUGUUACAGUGUAAACUCUGAACUAUACACAUUCUGUUAUCACAUUAAGAAUUUUCACAAAACCUCUGAAUACACGUACAUGGUUUCUUCGAAUCCUGAAACCCCUGUACCAAUGUGUCACCACCUUCUCUCUAUAUUCCAGUAAAAGUUACAGAAGUCACCAUAAAGCAUUUGCUUCCCAUCACAAACCAAUGGCUCAGUUUUGACUGUAUAUUUAACAUCACUCAAAGCUGAAUAAAGCACAGGGAGAACAUUUACCCUCAA